AUGGAUCGCAUAAUAGGGGGUGGAGGUACCAUUCGAGAUCACCGUGGCCGGUGGGUGGUGGGUUGUUACUCUCGGGAGGAAGGCGACACUGCGUUUAAGGUUGAAGCCUUAGCGCUUCGAGAUGUUCUUGUGUUGGUGUGGGAUAGAGGCUCUAGACAGAUUAUUUGUGAUGUUGAUUGCGAUGAGUUGGUGCGAGUAGUGGUUGAUGCUGAAGCAGUCCAACUCCAUUCUGAGUUCUUGGUGCUAAACGUUACCCACCAGUUAUUGGCUAGGGAGUGGAACGUCAAGCUUAAUGGAGUUCACAGAGAUAGUAAUGCUGUAGCAGAUUAUUUGGCUAGGAGGGGUGCUGCUGCUAGUGCUCCGGGUUUUUGGGUUAUGGAGAAUCCUGACCCGGAUGUUGAAUACCUUCUGUUGAAGGAUUCAUUAUCGGUUCCUUAG